AUGGUCACCAAAAGAGCUCUUGUAGUUGCAUUAAACUAUAAUAAUGCAAAGCAUAAUUCCCGGCUCCGAGCUUCCAUAAGUUUUGUUAGGGAUAAUUUUGGUUAUAAAGAAAACAUCUAUUUUAUUCAUGAUGACAUAGGCCAGUCUAAUGAUAAUAGUGUUUCAUUCAUCCUUACUCAACUUAGACAUUUGAUCACUUCAUCGGUAGUUGGAGAUAAAAUGGUGUUUUAUUUCGCAGGACACAGAAACUAUAAGAUAUUUACUGAUAACAAUGGUGUUGAACACAUGCAACAAUAUCUCAUUUGUGGUGAGAAAUUUAUUUAUUUUGGUGGUUUGACUCAAAUCACAGAUAAAGAAUUAACAAGUUGUUUAAACAUACUGCCAAAGGAUGGUUAUUUAACUAUGAUAGUAGACUGUUGUCGUAGUGGAAAUUUAAUCGACGGAUUAGACCAACAGUUGGCAUGUAAAGGAAGAAGAGGAAUUGCAUAUAUAUUAGACAUAGACGUUGCAAAAAAUAUGUUGCAUCGGCAACAUCAAUUGGUUUCUCUGUUUUCAGCAUGUCAAAAGAACCAGGUUGCGUGGGAGAUUAUGAAAUUUGUCGAUGGACAACUAAAGGUAGUGAGUAUUUUCACUGACACAUUACUAAAGAUAGUGCAUGAAAAAGGUGGUCGUGUCACCAAUAGAGAAUUAAUGACUGAAGUAAAUAAGUUUUUUAGUAUUGAUACAUGUAUUCAAACUUCUGGUCUAUUUUGCGCUGACGAGCACUCUUAUGCUUUGUUUAUCGGUGGAAGACAAUCACAGUUAGAUCCACUUCGAUCCAUAUAUUAG